AUGAAGCCUCGCAUGAUAUUCGUAUACUUGGCGCAGCAUUGCGUCGCGCAAACAAUCUCAACAAGCUGGUCCUGCGAGGCCGGAUCUGAUAUCACUUCAUUUCCUGCUUGCAACGGAUUCCUCAAUUCCGGAAAUGCUUGUGCGACCGUAUUGGAUCGUCCCGGAAAACAGAAAUGCCUUUGCAAUCAAGAAUACCUAGACUCUCUAUACAAGUGUGAAAAUGAGUUGGAACUCUGCUAUCGUGGUAAUUACUAUCAAGACUCAUUCGACAGCGGCAUUGAGCUUUGGGACAGCCUUUGCCGUAGCUACGUGACAUUCUCUCCGACGACUCCCUCGGCCAAACCAUACACUGCUUAUCCAGAGGAACUCUGUAUCGACGUUGACAAGGCUUGUCAAACGGCCAGGAACAUACUUAGCGAUUGUCUCCCGUAUGUUUCGGAUACAGAUACGUCGAGACUGAGCUCUUGCGAGUGUCAGCCCAGAUUGCUUCGGCAGGCUUACACUUGUCAGUAUAUCGGGAACGCAUCAUGUCUGGCCACAGAAGCUGCGACGACAAAUGCUUAUGGGUAUGGGAUUUGCGACAAUUUUGACUCCGUCAUCGGUGCAGAGAAUUCGGCGAAUGAUGAACCUGCUCAAACCAAUGCCGAGGACCUACCAACUUUGUCUGCCUCGUCACGCGCCACUUUGACCAUAACAGCAUCGCAGACCUCGACUCAGACGUCAAGUAUCAGUAGUCAAGUUGCACCUGAGGUAUUUUUGAUGCUGAGCAUUAUGGCACUUGCCAUAGUUGGGUAA